AUGGCUGACCAGAAUCUUAAUCAGACAUUCAGUUACCACUUGCAGAUCGCCAGUUUUGACAUCCCUACCCCAUUGAGCUACCCUGUGUUCACCAUGGGUCUCCUGCUCUAUCUGUUCUCUGUCUUCUGUAACCUGACCAUCAUGCUGUUGAUCGUCACACAGCGGACUCUCCACAAGCCCAUGUUUUACAGUCUCCCCCUGAACGACCUGGUAGGAAUCAGCUCUAUGCUACCCAGGGUGUUGGCAGACAUCGUGACACAGACUCACUCUGUGUAUUACCCCACAUGUGUUUUUCAAGCCUUUGUUUGUCACAUGUACGGGGGUGGUGUGCUUUUUAUCCUGACCGCCAUGGCUUACGACAGGUAUAUCGCUAUCUGCUGUCCACUGAGGUAUAACGCCAUCAUGAGUCCAAAUAACUUGAUGAAAAUCAUAAUUUUCAUGUGGCUCUUGGUCAUUGCUCUGAUUGUGGUUCUGCUGGCUCUGGUCACUCGCUUCAAGAUCUGCAGAACGACAAUAGUGGAUACGCAUUGUAACAAUCCGUCAUUGGUGAGGCUAAUUUGCGAUGACACACGUAUAAACAACUACUAUGGGUUGUUUAUAACAGCCGUCUUUCAGGGUGUAUCGUUGCUAGUGGUUAUAUAUACAUAUAUCCAGAUCCUGAUCACCUGUGUCAUGAAUAAGUCGUCUGAUGCCCGGAGCAAGGCCAUUCAGACAUGUGGUACGCAUCUUGUAGUGUUCUUAUUCUUAGAGUUCAACGCCUGCUUUGGCCUGAUUGCUCAUCGAUUUCAGCAAACAGACCCUUUCUUGAGGAGAGCAUUUGGAUUAUCAGUUAUGGUGUUCCCUCCCAUUCUGAAUCCCCUCAUAUAUGGUCUAAAAACUAAAGAAAUUCGCCAAAAUGUUCUGGGUUUCUACAAACGAAAGGUAUCUUCAGUUAAAUGAGAAGAAAUACUGUACAUGAACAUGUAUAAUACAUGGCAUUCGCUUCAGAUAGUUUUUAAGGCCUUCCCAAUAAAAGAAAGAUAUGCUCCUUUG